AUGGCGGACAGAUACUCUUUCUCCCUCACCACAUUCUCGCCCAGUGGCAAGUUGGUUCAAAUCGAAUAUGCCCUGAAUGCUGUCAACCAGGGUGUUACCUCACUGGGUAUCAAGGCCACCAAUGGAAUCGUCCUCGCAACCGAGAAGAAGUCGUCAUCACCGCUAAUCGAUUCGCAAUCCUCAUCAAAAGUGAGCUUGAUCACUCCUAAUAUCGGCAUGGUCUACUCAGGAAUGGGACCCGAUUACCGUGUCCUUGUCGACAAGGCCCGCAAGGUCUCACAUACCGGCUACAAGCGUGUCUACAACGAGUACCCCCCCACGAGGAUAUUAGUUCAGGAUGUGGCAAGAGUGAUGCAGGAGGCUACACAGUCAGGUGGUGUCCGGCCGUAUGGUGUCAGUCUGCUAAUUGCUGGCUGGGAUGAUGGAAUUGAGCCAGAGGCGGAAGGCAAGAGUGAGGAACAGACUAGCGAGGAGAAGAAAAAGGUCAACGACAAGACAGGUGGGAUCCUCAAGGGCGGACCCAGUCUGUACCAGGUCGACCCCAGUGGCAGUUACUUUCCGUGGAAAGCCACGGCAAUUGGCAAGAGUGCGACCAGCGCGAAGACCUUUUUGGAGAAGCGUUAUACGGAAGGGUUGGAGCUUGAGGAUGCAAUUCACAUCGCUCUACUCACUCUGAAAGAGACAAUAGAAGGAGAGAUGAAUGGCGAGACUGUCGAGAUUGGCAUUGUGGGCCCGCCAGAGGAAAGGCUGCUUGGAGUCGAGGGAGUCGAGGGAGCUGUAGGCCCACGGUUCAGGAAGUUGAGCCCGUCUGAAGUGGAGGACUACCUGACGAACCUGUAA